AUGCUUUUUGGUGCGCUACUCUGUGCGCCCCGCCAGUGUUUGGAGUGCCCAUCAGGCUGCCAAUGCUUUGCUGACACGCGCACAGUGAAAUGUGUUUCCAAGGACCUUUGCGCCAUACCACAAGAUAUUCCAGGAUACACAAAGAAUGUGAUCAUCACAGGAAAUAAUAUAUUCAGAAUUGGAUCAGAGACAUUUCAAGAACUGAAAAAUGUCACCAACAUCAUUUUGAGCAACAAUAGGAUCACAGAGGUUGCGUCCCACAGUUUCUCUACCCUUUCUUACCUGCGCUCCCUGGACAUGAGCUGCAACCAUCUGGCUCUCAUCCACCCUGAAGCACUCAACAUCCCAGGGAGUCCUCUAAAGGAGCUCAACCUCAGCCGCUCCCUCUAUAAUUACACCUCCCUGACUGAUCUCACCAACGCACUGCGCUGGGGAGGCCUAGGAGGGCUGCUCAGCCUAGACCUCUCCGGGAACCGCCUGGUCUUCCUACCCCCAGGGAUGUUCUCCCACCUCCCCAGCCUGCAGCACCUCCUCCUGGGUAACAACUCCCUAGCAUCGGUCUACAACGGCACCUUCAUUGGCCUGCUCCGCCUGGAGCUGCUUGACCUGACCCACAACUCUUUCAGGGCGUUCCGAGGCGAUGCUCUGGGGGAGCUGGAGAGGCUGGGGCAAGCCCCCCGCAUCCUGCUGAGCCACAACCCCUAUGUCUGCACAUGUGAGAUCCGAGACUUUGCCGUGUGGCUCAAGAGCUCCCAGGCUCAGGUGUGGGAUGCAGAAGCCCUGACCUGCGCCUCACCCUGGGAGUUUCAGAACAGGCCCCUGCGGGGGCUCGGGGUCCAAGUUAUCGGAUGCCAUGUCACUUCACCACCUCUGGUCGGAAUCAGAGACGAGGUGGGCGACCUCUCCCUGCAGACCUCCUACGUCCUCCUGGGUCUGGUGCUGGGCUUUGUGGGCAUUAUCUUCCUCUUUGUGCUCUACCUCAACCGGCAAGGUAUUAAAAAGUGGGUGGUGGAGAGGCGAGAUGCCUGCCAUGACGUGUUGGAGGGGUAUCACCACCGCUAUGAGAUCGACACUGACCCACGCCGGGAAUACCUUUCAAAAGACGUCAGAGUCAAAGAGAAGCCACCGACAAACGGUCGUUUUGGACAGGCUCCCUCAGAUAACCGCUUAUCACAGCUACCCACUGAAACCUGUUUAGUUCAGAUCCCCUCAGACACACAGCUCAAACCAGGCUCCUUCUUGGUGGAUUUGUGA